AUGUGGCUACUCAACGUUGAGACUCGAAGGCUCGAGUCCUUCCACCAUGAACGCUAUGUACCUGGAGGCUACGCUAUCCUGUCUCACACGUGGGGUCCCGACGAACUGACAUUCGACGACAUCCGUCUCGACGUCGUGCCUCGAAAACAGGGUUACAAGAAGAUUGAAUAUGCAUGUCAGCAGGCUUGGAAAGAUGACUAUCACUACGUCUGGAUUGACACCGUCUGCAUCGACAAACGUAGCAGCGCCGAGCUAUCUGAAGCCAUCAACUCGAUGUUUCGAUGGUACCGUUCGGCGAGUGUUUGCUACGCAUAUCUCAGUGAUGUCAAGCUUGAUAGCGCAGGGUUUGAAGAUCCAUCGACGGCAGGAUCCCCAAAUGAGAGGCCUCCGUGUCCCGAGAGCAACAUACACAGCCUUACCGAAGGCGCUCGCGCCAUUUUUGGGUCCCUAAGUAAGAUGCCACCUGGUCCCGAGAACAACAUGAACAGCCUUCCCGAGAGCAGUCGCGCCAGUUUCGAGCAGUCUGCCUGGUUCACCCGCAGUUGGACGUUGCAAGAACUGAUAGCACCCGAGAAAGUCAGCUUCUUCGAUUGUCACUGGGAAAGGCUUGGCGACAAGGAGGCACUGGCGCAGAGCAUCGAGAGAGCGACCGGUGUCGACGUGGCGGUUAUUCUCAGCUCCGAACUCCUGCCCACCAGGAGCGUAGCGAGAAGGAUGUCAUGGGCUGCGAAAAGGAAGGCCUCCCGCGAAGAAGAUCAGGCUUACUCACUACUGGGUCUCUUCGAAAUAGCCAUGCCGAUGCUGUACGGUGAGGGUGGCAAGAAAGCCUUUAUAAGGCUCCAGGAAGAGAUCAUUCGAUCAUCUGCAGCUGCCGAUCAUUCAAUAUUGGCCUGGAUGCCAGACGACCCGAAAUUGCCACGCGAAGAGCUCCUCUCCCCGCAUCCCUAUGGCUUUCGCUACGCCCGAGAUAUCGUCAGCUGGCGCUCGCAAUACGGAGAAGUCUUCGAAGGCUCCAACCAGGGGCUGAGGAUAUCGGUGCCAGUGUCAGACAAGCAUGCAGAGUUCGUAGAGGGAUCUCAGGAACACAUGAGGCGAAGAGCCGUGGAACAAAGCUUCUACUAUGAGCCUUCAAGAGGCAUUAGUGCCGACAUGUACUUCUAUGCUCGCCAGGCUCCGAGAUGUCAGCCGCACCGCUCUGACCAUGCGGAAGACGAGUGGAGGUUCGAGGCCAUGAUGAUGAGUGUAGUGACCUCGUAUCCACCGAGUGUUAUAUCAUUGGCAAAGCAGCCUCAAUGGAACAAUUUCAACCGCAACUUUGUUCAUAUCGUCGUCGAUCCGGGCCUUUUCGUCGCUGUCAGAGGGUCACGUCCACCAGAAGCAUGGGACAAGAAUACCUCGAUCCUGGCACUCGGGAACGCAUGGCUCCCCGGAGCCAUUCAAUUUAUGAAAAUGGCAGCGGCCAUCGUGUCGCACCCCUCGUCAUUUCGCGGGCCUAAUCUCGCGCUCCUGAUCAUGGUAGGAGGCCUUGCUCCUUGGAUUGCCGUCUUUCGAUGGGUCGACUUUGAAGCCAUGCAGCGCAUGCCAUCUGCGCAAGAAUGCACUGUUGUACCAGUCACACCCGUCGCUGUUCCCCUGCACGGUACCGACACGCCCGUCCUGAACGCGUCCGUAAGAGAAUUCGGAGCUACUGGUGAGAGGAUUUGGAGCAUCCAUCUGUCUCAGCCAACGCCGGAGACCAAGGCCGCGUUGGCACCAGCGAAGUCCGCUUCCCAGAAAACAACAUGGACGGAGAAGCUGCUGAAGAAGAAUAGCGAUACCUCAAGCAACUGA